UCCAAAGAGGUAUCCUUUACAAUAUCACCCUUCCCAGAGACCAUAGCACCAAGACGGCUAUUCGACUCUUGAACCUAGAGAUUCUCGAAAGAACACGACGAUCAGGAUACAUCACCCAUCACCAACACAGACCCGCGAGAGGAGCGACUGUUGACAGCUUCAACAACACUUGGAUAUUCGACCCUUCCUAGGAAUUAUCAAUGGCGAGGCGCGAGAGGCGGCGACGGCCGCGCUUGGCGGACAUUCUAGCCAUGGCCUCGACGGCCACUGCGAUGUCGUUGUCCACCUUCCAAAUCAUCACCUCAUCCUCAGUUCCCAUCGGGUGCAUACUCGCCUACAACUCUCCCAUUUCUGGAUGCUCAACAAGCGAUUUCACCCAGGGGAGGACAUGCUCGGACACUUGUGUGCGGAAUAUUCAAAGGGUCGAGGAAAACAUCGCCGCCGCGUGCGAUGGCGUCAGCAGUACCCCGGACACAGUAUUAGGGCAGGCGUUAACGGGAAACUUGGUCGGCCUUCUUUGUCCCUCAGCAAUCGCUUCGACACCGGCCGUGGUCACUACUUCGUCGCGACAGAUACUGACGAUGACCCCGUCGAAAGAGACGACCGUCGCCACGUCUGCAACAACAACCGAAGCGGGGGAAACCGAGUCGCCCCUUCCUCCACCGCCUGAGUUUGAGACGACAAAUAUUCCAGCAUCACCAGUGCAGACUGGGCCAUUGGGUAUCAACCCCACGGACGCGACUGGAGCGCAACGGACGAGCGCGCCGUCAGCACCCGAUGCAGGACAAGGUGGCGGCAGCCCGUUCGAUGUUGCUGCAGCAGUAGCCUCCGAUUCGAGGCGACUUGCCGUGCCUUGGCUAGAGACACUCCUCGUAGCGAGUGUUUUGGCCGCUCUCCUCCGAUAGCGGACUGAUAAUAGGACAGAGGAUGUUGGCGUUGAGGAGGACGAAACUCGGCAUUGUUGCUCAUGUAGCUUCCUUACUCAUCUCUUAGACCACGGGCAUUGGUUGAUCUUAUUGUGAGGCGCAGUUGCGAACCCCGUCAUGCGGACGAGCCUGGCGCCGUAAUACUGGAGGAAAUUUAGGGAAUCAGAGAGGUUGUGCAACUGGCUGAGCAGCAGCAAAGGGGACCUCUCGUGGAGGAAUAAGGGGGCGACCUACAGAGGCACAUACUUCUUUACAGACUUCCUUAUGAAGUCGUGAUAUUAAUAGACAAUGCAACGCGUUCGCAUAGGGGUGAGACGAACCUCAAAUA